AGAAACUUUUCAGCGGUCAUCUUAAGACCCGUAUCCCCUUCAUUCAUCUGGCUAUGGAGGAAGACCUCCUUCCAAGUUUCCAGGAGAUCCAGAUCUUCUCAGAAGCAUCCAGGAUCUCCACUAUAGUUCAAUUUUCACAGCAAAACCAAAGACACCCACGAGAUAAACAAGGUUUUCCGAGGUCAAGAGGUCGACCCUUACAAUUAGCACAUUUCUGUAGUCGCUGUCGUGACGGAGGCAACAACAAUGGAUUGGAUAAAUAGGUACUCAAACUCAGACACCCAACUGGUUUCCUGAGACAUCCAAAUCAGUUUUCUGCUCCAAUUCAACUCAUACGAUCUGCAGAUUCAAAAAAAGGGAGGAAGAAAACUAUGAUGGGAUAUAAAAAUCUAAGUUUGACUUGUCUGUAAUUGUUUUCUGAUCCGAGAUUCGCUAGUUUUAAGACACCUAAGUCAAGUAUACCGAUGCCCAUCUAAGUCUUUAGAAGCUACAGAUUCAUAAAAGGGUGUGAAAGAAAAAAUAUGACAGUAAAGAAAAACAAAGAUUUGCCUUGUGUUUGACUGUUUUUGAUCUAAGAUUGACCUGUUUUAUGAAAAUGCGGAUAUGGGGGGUGGCUUCUGCGGCCUUGUCAUUUGCAGAGCUGUUUAUUAGUUCUACAAUUCAUAUGUGUUAUGGAUUUUAUAUAUUCAGUACUGCUGUAGCCUUGGACUUGGUGGAGAUUAUUAAUUGCCAUAGACUUCUAAGGUCCCGCAUAUGGAAUAUUUGGGCUUGGGAAGCAGAUAGUUAUACUAAACCUAAUAUUGUGGAAUCUAAUGGUAAUGACAAGGGUAUUGGUAAUGGCCCAUAUUUUCAGGGCAAUGAAUUGGUCCCCAUUGUACUGGUUCAUGGUAUCUUUGGGUUUGGCAAAGGGAGACUAGGUGGAAUGUCCUAUUGGGCAGGGGCUGAGAAGAAGGAUGACCGUGUUCUUGUUCCUGAUUUGGGUUCUUUGACAAGUAUCUAUGAUAGGGCUCGGGAACUUUUCUACUACUUAAAAGGUGGAACGGUAGAUUAUGGAGAAGAGCACAGUGCUCGAUAUGGCCAUGCCCAAUUUGGCAAGACUUAUGAGCAAGGCCAUUAUCCUGAAUGGGAUGAAGACCAUCCAGCCCACUUUGUUGGUCACUCUUCUGGCGCCCAAGUAAUUAGAGUUCUGCAACAAAUGCUGGCUGAAAAAAAAUUCAAGGGCUAUGAAAACAGUUCUGAAGAUUGGGUGCUGAGUGUUACCUCAAUGUCAGGUGCUCUCAACGGAGCAACUCGUGUUUACCUGGAUGGGAUUGAGCCAGAAGAUGGAAAGAUGCUGAAGCCCAUUUGUCUCUUACAGCUUUGUCGGGUGGGGGUUAUUAUCUAUGACUGGCUGGAUAUCGCUUGGCUGAAAAACUACUAUAAUUUUGGGUUUGAUCAUUUCAAUAUGACUUGGCGUAGGAUUGGAAUUUCAGGACUUGUGGAUAGUCUUUUGGGAAACAUUGGACCCUUUGCUUCAGAAGAUUGGAUUCUUCCAGACUUAAGCCUCCAGCUUUCAGUGGAACUGAAUAAGAAACUCAGGACUUUCCCAAAGACCUACUAUUUCAGCUAUGCUACUAAGAAGACUACGAAAUUGUUUGGGGUCACUGUUCCUUCAAGUCUUUUUGGAGUUCAUCCUCUAUUUUUCAUCAGGACGCUACAGAUGAGUCAAUGGCGUCUACCUAGCAAUUUAGAACCUCCUUUCAAAGGCUACAAUGAUGAGGAUUGGCAAGAUAAUGAUGGAGCAUUAAAUACCAUCUCAAUGCUUUAUCCCCGUUUUCCUGAGGUUCAUCCCAAUUGCUGUCUCAAUUCAGAGUUCAAAGAUGGCCAGUCCUUCCAACCAGGUGUUUGGUAUUACACAAUUGUGGAAGCUGAUCACAUUCUCUUCAUAAUCAACCGAGAAAGAGCAGGGGUACAGUUUGAUGUAUUGUACGAUGGCAUAUUUCAGAGAUUGCGAAAGGAGAUGGCCAGAGGAGUCAAGGUUGUUCCUCCUUCCAAGAAACCACGGGAUCAUGUUUGCAAUUGUGAGGACAAUUGUGUGUGCCACUUGGUUAGAUUUGAUCAGAGACACGAAUGAAAUGCGGUUGCCUUGUACUUCUAAAAGAUAAACAGCGAUUUUUUUUUAGCUUCCCUUGUCCAUGGAGGAGACUACAACUCUUCUGGAUACGUUGGAUGAUUAUUAAAUUUACCUUGGCUGGCAAAAUUCUUUUCAAUUGCUACUUAGCAACAAUGAUUAGAUAGAAUAAACUGGUACAGUAGCCAGUAACUAUUAUUAAUUUCUCUCAAUUGUGUCUCCGCAUUGAUGAUAUUGUACAAUUAAAAAGAGGCAUUAUGCCUAUUUUCAAA